CCUCAAGAGAGUCGUCUUCAGACAUGGCGAAGCGAAACAGAAACGUCAGUGCACAUCUUGCUUCUCUGGCUAUUGCCAUCCUCUUCGCAGCAGUCGUCGAGGGCCUUACUGUCAGCACCCCGCCACAAUUUACUGCCUGCUUGCCGUCUCACAUCAGCUGGUCCAACGCUCAGGGCAAGGUAUACCUUUCUGCCAUUGAGGGGAAGGACAUCUCCCAAGCACCCAUCAAGACGUUCCCUCAGAUGGAUGCGACACAGGACGGUUACACUUGGAAUGUCGACCUUCCUGCGGGCAAAGUGGUCACGCUGCAAAUCAACGACGAUGCUGGUGUGCCCAACUAUUCUUCGCAGGUGACCAUUCUGCCCACUCCUCCGGGCGUUGAGUGCAAGAACGCCACCACUCAGUCGUCGAACCCGACUACCACACCUCCCACUACGCCGACCUCCUCCUCAGCUUCUGCGUCGACAACGUCGGUGCCUGCCAAUACCCAAGGAGGAAAUUCAUCGGCCUCGGCAAGCUUGGCCUCAAACUCCAGCUCAAGCGCAUCGAAUGCAACGCUCAACAGCGCCCCGCUUACUGCAGCGACUCCACUCACACCUGCGAACACGAGCAGCAGCAGCGGCAGCAGCAUUCCCACUCCUUCGACAACUACGACAAGCAGCACUGCGCCUUCGACGACGAAGAAGCCCCACACCGAUGGUGCUGUUCCUCUCUACCUCGCCUCGCCCGUCACCGGCAGUAUUGCUGCGGUCACUGUCGUCAUGGCCAUCUUCCACGUCCUUCUUUGA